ACUAUAAAAACACGGGGCACACUCGGUCUAGCAUCCAGUCCAAAUCCCGACUCCAAUCACCGUUCAAGAGGCAUUAUGAAAACGUUUUACUUAGUUUUUCUGCUGGUGGCAGCGGCUGCCGCCAGCGAAAAGAAGUCGACGGAGCAGAAGGCCGAGCCCCUUGAGAAGAAGUUGGACAAACGCGGCCUCCUGAACUUGGGAUACGGUUACGGUAUCAGCGGACUGGACGUGGGCUACCUCGGCAGCGGCCACGGCAUCGGCGGCGCCUACAACAACUACAUCGACGAAGGCGCCCUCGCCCACGGCGGCUUCGCCCACGGCUACGGCAUCAACCUCGGCGGUCACACCGACGUCACCCGCACCAUCACCCUGGUCAAGGGCGUGCCCGUCGCCGUGCCCGUCGACAGGCCUGUGCCAUACCCCGUCGAGAAGCACGUGCCGUACCCCGUCAAGGUCCCCGUACCGCAACCGUACGAAGUCGUCAAACACGUGCCCGUCCACGUUAAGGAGUACGUCAAAGUCCCAGUUCACGUGCCUGCCCCCUACCCGGUAGAGAAGAAGGUGCCCUACCCCGUCCACGUACCCGUCGACAGGCCCUACCCCGUCAAGGUCCUGGUGCCCCAGCCCUAUCCCGUCGAGAAACACGUGCCCUACCCCGUCAAGGUUCCCGUGCCCCAGCCCUACCCCGUCGAGAAACACGUGCCAUACCCCGUGGAAGUUAAAGUACCAGUUCCCCAGCCCUACCCGGUGAUCAAGCACGUCGGAGUCCCCGUCAAGGUUCCAGUCGACAGGCCCUACCCCGUGCACGUGCCGGCUCCCUACCCGGUCGAGAAGCACGUGCCAGUCGCCGUGCCGGUCGAGAAACCGGUCGCCGUCCCCGUGCACGUCCCAGUCGACAGGCCCUACCCCGUGCACGUAGAGAGGCCCGUGGCCUACCCUGUCAAGGUGCCCGUCCCGGAGCCCUACCCCGUGUACAAGCACGUCCCAUAUGAGGUGGAGAGGCCCGUGCCCGUCCCCGUGAAAGUGCCCGUCGACAGGCCGUACCCCGUGCCCGUGGAGAGGCCCGUGCCCGUCGCCGUCGAGAGGCCGUACCCCGUGCCCGUGAAGGUCCCGGUCCUAGUUAACGAGCACGAGGGCCACUACGGCGGCUCCCACCUCAGUCUCGGAGGCUCAUACUACGAACAUUAGGUAUAGUUUAAUUUAAUUCCAUAGAUCGCGCUACAUCACCAGCUAUUUAUUUCUCGCCAGACACGGCCGGGACGCCAGCAACAUGUCUUCGUCUAUUGAAUCUGUCCCUUUUAUGAGAUUUCUUGUCAUAUAAGUGUACAGGAGGUACUGACGCCAAGUGAUUUUAAAGUUACCAUUUCUAGGUUAAGUCGACUGUAAAUUACGAAAUAAAUAAGAAAAAAACUUA